CCAACGCCCACAAGAAAUGGCAUUCAGUUGGAGGAGAGUUCAAGUUUUGUUUAAUGGAGUUGUUAGAUACAGUUCUUCUCUCAGUGCUGAGUACCAGAGGCUUGUUGGUACUGGGAAACUCAAUUAUGAUGAAGAGCAGUUUACUAUUGUAGAGAAACUAGAACAAAUCAGACACCAACUGAUGAAUGAGCCAAAUGUAUCUACCUCACCCAAUCUCUUUAACAAAUUUUUUAAUCGCUCGAAAACUUCACAAAAUAGAAGAAUAAUAAAAGGAGCUUACAUGCAUGGAUCAGUUGGCUCUGGUAAGACUAUGUUGAUGGAUUUGUUCUUCAAUUCAGUGACGUCAUCAGUUGCUAAACAAAGAUAUCAUUUCAAUGAAUUCAUGCUAAGUGUUCACUCAAGGAUCCAUUCUUUCAAGCAGUUAUUACCAAAGUCAUCAUCAGGUGGAUCAGGUAGACUGUAUGAUCCUAUUGGUCAUGUGGCCAGUGACAUUGCUACUAAUGUCAGACUAUUGUGCUUUGAUGAAUUUCAAGUUACUGAUAUCACUGAUGCUAUGAUACUGAAAAGUCUCUUCACAUCAUUAUUUAAUAACGGAGUGACUGUUGUUGCUACUUCUAACAGACACCCUGAAGGUAUGUAUGUGGCCCAGACCUUCUUUCUUAAUUCCCUUUCUCUUCUUUUAGUUAUUUCACGGACCAAGUUAAAGUUUUUAGGACGAGAGCUACUCAUAGACCAGUCAUGUGCUGACUUGGCAUAUUUCCACUUUGAUGAGCUUUGUAACAGGCCCCUAAGUGCUGCUGAUUACAUUGAAAUAUGUAAAGCAUUCAAUACAAUAUUCAUACAAGAUAUUCCAUGCAUUACUAACCAAAUGAGGACUCAAGGAAGACGAUUCAUUACACUAAUAGAUACACUCUAUGAUCAUAAAGUAUGUGAACUAACUAUAUACUGUGUGACUCUCUCUCUCUCUCCC